AUGCCUCCCGCACGGGGAUCCAAGCGUAGCAGCAGCAGCGGUGGUCCCUGGACCUCGACUCGCGUCCUCAAUUCAUCAUCGCCGAUCGUCGGCGCCGACAUCCACGCCUUUCUCAUCGCCGCUGUCUCGCGCUGGAAUGUCGCCAGUGACUCGUACACGGAAGCGGAGAAGCGCUUGCUGAUCGAUAGUCUGCCUCUGGCGUAUCGCAAGUACGAGCUCGACCACGAGGGCCGGCUGAAGUGCCCGCUUCCCACCGAAUUUGUGCUCGACGACCCCUACCUCAAGGCCGCGACACAGCGAUUCAAGAACGACAUUGCCGAGGGCUACUACGAGAAGACGUGGCAGAACCAGGCCAGGAGAGCCAUGCACGAUCGGCGCGACGGCAAGUUUGAUGCAUUCCUUCAGGAGCAAGCGGAGGAGACCUUUGGCGAACCACGCCUCGAUGGAGACAACGUCGCCGACGGCUCGGGUGAUGCGGACCUGGAGUCAAGCGAUGGCGAAUGGAGAGCAAACCCGGCCAAGGCAAAGCACAUCGGGCACGGCGAGCACGCAAUAGAACAACCUCAGGUGUUGCGGCAGAAGCGAAAGAUCUGA